CAGUCGCUGCUGUCCUGCUCGCCACGCCGCGUGUCGAGCAUCCCGCUCCCCUGCUGUCAGGACCCCAAGCCGCCUUGCAUGGCGUUGCAAUUCAAGAUUUACCGGUUCAUGCUCUAAAGGCUUCUCACUGAGCUUUUGAAGGCCUUCGAUUUCUUUCUUGCAUUUGCGCACUACGGCGUUCCUAGAAUAUUCUUCCCUUGCUGCAGCAAUCAAAUAUGGGCACUCAGCGCAGCGUGAAGGUGGCGGUGGCAGUGGACGGCAGCGAGAACAGCAUGCACGCGCUGCGGGAGGCGGUGCGGCUCUUCGCGGCGUCGGCCAAGGAGAUCCACAUCAUGCACGCGCACAAGUCGCCCAAUGAGUUCCGCACGGAUUCGCUGUUCUCGUGGUCGGAGUGGUACCAGCGCAUGGAGCACGAGCGCCACGCCAAGGCACAGCAGCUGCUGGAGCGAUGCACUCAAGUGGUGAAGGAGGAGGGCAGGAAGCGGGGGCUGGGCGAGGGCGUGGCGGUGAGCGGCGUGGACCUCAAGGGCGACCCGCGGGACGUGCUGGCCAGCCAUGUGCAGAGCGUCGGCGCGGACCUCAUUGUCAUGGGGACACGUGGCAUGAGCAUGCUCAAACGCAUGGCCCUUGGGAGCGUGAGCACGCACUGCGUGCACCAUGCUCCGUGUCCAGUGCUAAUUGUCCCACUGAAACCAGAGAAUGCUCUCGAGUCACUAGCGCAUAAAGCAGAUGUAACCCCAGCUGCAACGUCAGAACUGGAGCAUUGUCGGCUGUCGGAGGCGCUUGAAGGGUGAAUUCGGUGGGCUGUCUUCUUGCUUGGGUCACCAUCUUGUGUGGGUUUUUAAAACGCGGUUAGUGAAUACAUUGGUUAGAGUAGACCUCCAUAGGAUGACUGACGUCUGUGCCAGCUAGGCUAGCUACGCAAUGCCAUCCGUUUUAGCAGCUUAUAUUUAGCAUGUGUAUUGGUGGGUGAUGGUUGCAAAACAUGUACUGUAAUCAGAAGA